UGGGAAAAAUAGGUCAGAUGUGGACAGACUUCUUCAAAACACGUCAUCAGAAGGAAGAGUUCACCAUGGGAGAAGACAAUACGACAGACGCCAUAGCCACGUCCAACAAACUGCUGUGUCUUCUACUCUUUGGGGCGAUUCUAAUUCAGUACGCGGGAAGAAGCAGCGUCGCAGUUGUUCUGGUUGAAUUACAGAUGCCACCAGUUAACGAUACAAACACAAGCGUCUCUCAGCCCCACUCACAGUACAGCCAGUUCCAAGUUAGUGUGAUAAUGAGUAUAUUCUACCUUGGUCAGCUGCCAUCAAGUUUCAUUGGAGGCUAUCUGGCCUAUCGAUAUUCAGCUAUCAGGAUUUUCCUGGCCUCAUUUGGUGCCGGCUCCAUUGUGCAUGUCCUUGGUCCUGUCAUGUUUGGGAACUUUAAGACUGCAGUAACCCAGCGUGUCUUAGCAGGCCUGGUAGAGGGACUAUGCGAACCCGCCGCGUUUGGUGUGCUAAGCCAAAACUUAACACCAAGGCAAAGUGCAAGGGUUUCACCCUACAUCUUUGCAGCAUACUACUUUGGCCAGUCCCUUGGAAAAAUCGCGACGGGCUUUAUGACGCAAAGACUGGGCUGGCAGACAGCAUUUUACAUGUUUGGGGGCCUGGGGAUAACGUGGGCAGCUCUUGCGUUCGGAUUCGCAGUAACAGGCUUGGGAGAGAGGAAAGAUACACUGGAGACACAAAGUCACGACAAAAACGGAAUCAAGACGGUAGGCAAUAAGACGAACUUCAUAAUAAAUUAUACUACAAUGGUAUGCAGAAAAUGCCUUAUUUUUCAGUUACCAGAUAUUUUAUCAGCAUUUUUAUUUAUUCAUAUACCUAGUCUAUGCAUCAAUCAUACUUUAACAAAUCCAAUGUAUAAAGAUAUUGACAUUACAAACUAUACAAAUGCAUUUAAUCCAGCAUGAUUAUAUUAGCCAUGGCAAGAGUAGAGAUUGUUCUUCGUUACUUACUCCAAAGCAAAGUUAAGAUUAAAUUGAAUGUUUUUUAAAGCGUAACCAGUUUUUGCUGGUAGGUUGGGUCCUUGGGCCAUGCGUUGGAUCAUUUGCAUAUGAAUUAGCUAGCUUGAGCUGUACCAUUGGGGAGUAGGGGUGACAGGUUGAUAGGGAUCAUUUGCAUAUGAAUUGGAUAGCUUGAGCUACCAUUGGGGAGUAGGGGUGACAGGUUGAUUGACGGCACUUGUUAAAUACGAUGACUGCAACACUGAUUCACAUUCAUAUUGUCAUAUAUAUAUACAAGUAGCGCAGUGCAUUAAGUCACUGCUAUCACGGGGAAAUUUUGUAUCUGCUCUUAUGCUCAAUGUGCGCCCCGGCCAGCUUUUUUAAAAAGCUUUUCUUGUUAACACUAGAAUUUACUGUAAUGCAGUGCAGUCAUGGGCGUAAAAU